CGGAACUCUUCUUUCAACAGCAGCAACAGUUAGUCAGACACCUCGGUAGCUUGCUAGACAAAAUAGCCGAAACAAUACAUUACUUUAGAGGCUUUAGUGUAUAUUAGCCACUGUGUUUUAAACCCACUUCUAUCGUCUAGUUAGUUAUCCGAUUUAAUUUCAUAUUUACGGUGUUGUUAUUAUUCAGCUAGCGGGCUGGUUAAGUUAGCAUUAGCCUAGCUAGCUAACAUCUCCGACCAUGCGGUCACUAAGCUACUCUCCUUCUAAUGAAGAGAAGGAUAUCACAGUAAAUCAAGAAGUAGAGAGUGGGGCCGUUACUGUGAAAGAAGAGGAGGACGCGUUCAGAGUGAAAGACGAGGAAGAUAUCACAGUAAAUCAAGAAGUAGGGAGUGGGGCCGUUACUGUGAAAGAAGAGGAGGACGUCACAGUAAAAGGAGAGGAGGAUGCAGUUUAUGGCGUGAAAGAGGAGGGGGAGGAGAUGACUGUUACAUCGAAAAAGGAGGAGGAAGAAGAGAAGGAACCUGGAUAUCUGGGCCCGGUUUCCCAAACGCAUCUUAAGGCAUCCAAUGGUUCAAACGAAGAAUUUAGCCAUAAGAUGGUUUUGAGAAACCGUUCCCUGAUUAACACUAAUUAAAAGCCUGAAACAAUGCCUAAAGACUGACCACAUGUAGAAGAAGCCAUAGAGAUUGUGACCUGGGUCCUAAGUCUUUGUAUGGUGGAUAGGCUUUCAAUGGAAAACAGCCUUUCAAAAUAAUAGUACUUCCUGGAUGGAUUUUCCUCAGGUUUUCGCCUGUCAUAUCAGUUCUGUUAUACUCACAGACAUUAUUUUAACAGUUUUGGAAACUUUAUAUUUUCUAUCCAAAUCUACUAAUUAUAUGCAUAUCCUUGCUUCUCGGCCUGAGUAGCAGGUAGUUUAAUUUAGGCACGCUUUUGAUCCAAAAUUCUGAAUGCUGUCCCCUACCCUAGUGAAGUGAAGCAUUCUGUUUAAUUAAAUAAUUAAGACACACAAAUUACUCGACGUCAUAACUAGAGGGAGCCGCUCGUCAACACAACCUGACCGGAGGGAGCCGCUCGUCAACACAACCUGACCGGAGGGAGCCGCUCGUCAACACAACCUGACCGGAGGGAGCCGCUCGUCAACACAACCUGACCGGAGGGAGCCGCUCGUCAACACAACCUGACCGGAGGGGGCCGCUCGUCAACACAACCUGACCGGAGGGGGCCGCUCGUC